AUGGCAGCGAAAGCCCCUGAAAUCAAAACUGAAACCCUCCCUGUCGACAGCAAUUCUUCCGAGACUAACACAGAAUACGAGCGUUAUCAAGAGCUGCGCGAGAAGUUUCACGAUGGAGGAGAGUGCCAGCGACGAUUCAUUCGCAAGCGUGGGUUGUGUCGCCUACACCGCACCAUUUCGUCCCUAAUACCGCGAUUUUAGUCGACUUCCGCCUUCUGCCCACAUUGAGCUUCCUCUAUCUAAUGUGCUCUCUGGACAAGUCAAACGCUGGCAAUGCGAAACUCUUUGGUCUGCUCGAGGACAUCGGCAUGACCUCAAAGCAAUUCAAUCUGGCGCUAAUGUACUUCUUCUUCACAUACGGGAUCUUCGAACCGGUAUCCAACGUGGCGUUGAGGCGCAUUGGGCCGAAGCACUGGUUCCCGCUGAUUAUCACCUCGUGGGGGCUCGUAACAACUUUGACAUGCCUGGUGUCAAGUUACCGCGGUUAUGUUGUCGUGCGUCUUCUUCUCGGCGUGACAGAGGCGGGCCUCUAUCCAGGUACCUACUUCGUUCUGAGCAUGUGGUACACACCAAGAGAACUCGCUACACGCAUGGCCAUCUUUUACGGAGCAAAUACCGCUGCCGGAGCUUUUGCUGGUGUUAUAGCUUACGGUGUGGGCAACCUCGACGGCCAGCAUGGGAUGCGAGCUUGGAAAUGGCUUUUCCUUAUCGAAGGCGUAAUCACGAUCUUUGGCGGCCUUUGCUGUUUUUGGCUCUUACCGUGCGUCUCCCCCUCGAUUCUUUUCCCGCCUUGCUGACUGACCACUGUAGGCAUUUCCCUUAUCAAUAUAAGAACAGAGCAAGCAGAUGGCUGUCACCUUCUGAGCUCGAGUGGGCACGAUUCCGUGUGAGGUACAACUCCAUUCCAAAUGCUCCAACGGACAAGUUUCACUGGAGCGACGCGACCUCGGCCCUGAAAGACCGGAAGACGUACUUCAUGAUGAUGAUGUUUUGGUGGGGUGGCAGCGUGCCAACAUACUCGUUGUCUUACACCCUACCAACCAUGGUCAAGAACUUGGGUUACAGCGCUAUAAAGGCGCAGGCGAUGACAACUCCUCCUUACAUUUCCGCGACAUGCGUCUGCGUGCUGGUCGGCUGGCUGUCUGACCGAUAUCAGAAGCGAUAUGUCGCGAUAAUCGGAUCAUACUCCCUCGGAUUGAUGUAAGUACGACCCCAUCGUCGCUCAGGGUCUGCUAAUACUUGAAUCUAGUGGAAUAGUCAUACUAUGGGUGACUGUGCACUACGAACACCUGUCCGGAGUCAGCUACUUUGCUAUCUUCCUUGCUGCAGCCGGCUACUCCGCACAGGCGCCGAUCGUGGGUGCAUGGACCUCUGUCAAUCUGCCAAACCCGUCCAAACGCGCUGCUGCUAUUGGCUUUAUCAUGCUCGUAGGGUCGGUUGGAGGUGGUAGCAUUGGCUCUAAUAUAUACUUGGACUCGCAAGCCCCCGUGUACCCACUCGGAUUCGGAUUUAGUGUCGGGUGCACUAUCCUCGGUGCUAUGGUUCCAGCAACGCUACAUUGGUGGCUUCUGCGCCGAGCAAAUCGCAAAAAGUCCUUACCGGGGGCCAUAGGCAAGGAUGACCACCCCUAG